AUGAAAUGUAAAACGGCAAUUGAUCAGGGAAACCGGUUACUAAUAACUAUUAUAAUUUCCGAACCGAGGAAUCCGGAAAGUUCUCCUCUUCCCAAAUGCCGGCAUAUCGAUCCAUAUGACAGGAUUGAUAUAUGGGCCUGGAAUGAUGCGAAUUCGAGCAGCUGCGAUCCAAUAACAGCAUUUAGUGAAAUCACCGAUGCAAGAGAAAAGGAGCGUUAUAAAUGGGGUUAUAGUAAAUUUGCAUAUAAUUUACUCGUUAGUGAUAAGAUUGGACCAAGAAGGUAUUUGCCACCAAUGUAUCACGAAUUAUGUUCGAACAUCCCAUAUGAUGGAUUAACGAUGAACGCAAGCAUCAUUAUAAUUUAUCAUAAUGAAGCAUUAUCAGUUUUAAUUCGAAUGUUGAAUAGCAUAUUUGAUCGAACACCAAGUUACCUAUUAAAAGAAGUUAUUCUCUUUGAUGAUAUGAGUGAUGAAGACGCAAUCGUUGUCGAAAAAGUCCUUCAAUAUGCAAACAUUGAUGAAUGGCCAUGGGAGAAGCUUAUCGUUAAAAGAAGCGAGAAACGUCUUGGACUGAUUCGUUCUAAGAUGUGGCUGUGUGGUGGUUCAGUGGUAGUCGCCCCGUGUAGCCGUGUUGGCCAUGUUUUCAGGAAUCGUCGUCCUUAUAAAACUAGAGACGAUAUAGAUACUCACCUAUUCAACUGUUUACGAACUGUUAAAGUUUGGUUCGACGAUUACGAAAAAUAUUUUUACCAUGAACACCCAAAGGCCAAAACGAUGGAUUUCGGCGAUCUAACCGAAAGAUUGAACCUGAAAAAGUCACUCAAUUGCAAACCAUUCGAAUGGUUCCUAAGAGAAGUGUAUCCAGAAUUGAUACCACAAAUUAAACAUGAAGAAUUGUAG